AAUUAAAACAAACAAAAAAAAAGACACAGAGGACCACACGACUCACGCCGAGUUAAAAGCCAGAGAAAUAAAAGUGGGUUUUAAGACGAGACUUAAAGCUUUCAAUUGUGGGGGCCGUUUUUACAUGAGGGGGGGGAGAGUGUUCCACAGCUUUGGACCUUAGAACUUUUUCCACAACUUUGUUUUAUUUCUCAUAUUACGACUUUUUUUAAAGUCUUUUUUUUCUUGAUAGUUCAACUUUAUGCUACUAAAAUUGUUACUUUUCCUUAGUCAAGUUGUUUUUCUCUCUCAUUAGAUUACAACUUUAAUUCUCAGUAUUUCUUCCUGCUUUUUCCUUUUUCUUGUUAAACUCUUACUUUUAAAAUGUGCCGCACUUUGGCCCCCGCUGGGCUGGAAUGAGAGCUUCUGCAACAAACUAAUGACGCUAAGCGAGGUUGCACUGACAUCCAAAUGAGGCAUGGAUCAUAAAUGACACAGCGGGUGGAUAAAAACACUGCCGGUGUCUUCCACCAACAACUGUUAUGUCACACCUCGCCACCAGGUACUUUUUCAGGCAAAGUUUGGGGUCGGGGGAAGGAUUUUACCCGGGUAAAUGAGACAUUAAAAAUAAAAACUAGUAAGAGUAAUGAAAAAAAGGCUACAUAAACAAAGAGGAGAUGUUGUGUCAUGAAGGCUGGAGGUUGAAUCGCUACGUCUAAAGGUCACAUCUGAUGUCAAGGCGUUAUUGGCUGAGCCUGCGGAUGUAGGAGCGCCCACUAGAGGUGGAGACGGAAAGACUGGCAUGAUGUGAAGGCUGUGUCGUCAAGAGGAAGCAUAAAAGUUGAAUGAUGUAACGUUGAAGUGUUUAUUAUACGUGCCAAUGAAGAAGUGAUCAAUCGACGCCUCGCCCAAUGGUACCCGGAAUUCACUCGACACCACCUUUUGAUCAAGAACCACCGCCAUGAACAUGACCUAGAAUCAUUCACAUCUGUGAAAGUGGGUCGAGCUUUGUCACGCCGACCGGCGGUGUGGUUAAGCGAGGAGGAUCAAAGAUGACAUCAGCAGCAGCGAUCAGGAUAAAGGUCCCUGAGGGACGCCAUCGCUUUGUCAUUCACACACCCCAACCUCCAGCAGAAGCCGGGGGGCGCCUCUGAUCCCGCUGCCGAGAUUCGAAGAAGUGACGAGGAUGCUUUGGUCGUUCAACGCCGCCGUCGUGACGGUAAGACACAGAGUGGAAAUGACGAUUUCAACGUUUCCUUUCAUGGGACGCUUGCAAACAUGAAAUAGUCAACAAUGAGGCAGAAACUCCUGUUGUAAUCAACCCUUGAACGUGUCGGGGGUGUCUGAACUUUCUCCACCAAGGCCUUGAUGGCUUUGACACACUUUAUACAUGAAAUCUGUGCAAACCAAUGCGAUACGUGAACAGAUGCUACGAUAUCACCACAUCUUACGUUUCUGUUGUAAUUGACCGAGCAAAUGAGACUGCAUCCCCCCCCCCCGACAUAUGCAGCUCCUUGUCUCUUAAUGUGGCGUAGUCCCAGUAGUCAUGUGAUGUCUCCAGGUGGUGAUGAUGUCUGAGACGGUGAUGUCGGCGAGGACACGGAGGGGGUCCUCUGGUCCCACCAUGGAAACGGUCCCCGUGCAGCUCAACCCAAACCUCUUGAUUUCUUCCCGACCGUUCCGACCGCUGCACAACGACUCCAUCUCACCGUGGACUUACAACGACUCCCACGACGCCUCGGUGUUCCCGCCCGUGUCGGAGGCUCGCUGCCUCCUGCAAGGCUGCCUGGACUCGGACGGCGUGGAGGACCUGAAGCUGAAGUCGGCCCCCAUCCUGCACCAGGUGCUGCUGCUGCAUCGCCUCAAGUCCAAGGGGACGGAGUCCGGGUACCACUUCCGCUUGGAGCCCCGCCUCAUCGCGGUGGGAUGUACAUGCGUGCGCGACCCUGUUCGACGACAACAAUAGAGGUUGAUUGUCUCUGGGGGCGCACCCACACCCCCCUAAGAAGGUCAAGUUUAUCUAACUUAUUAAUUUCUGUAUGGAUCACAGGAGAAAUGAUUGAAGGAUCUAUUUCAUGUAGAACAGGUGUACACUUUUAUUAUUUACAUGACUUUCAUCAUUAAAUGCCACGUCUGCA